CGACCUUUUUGACCUAAUAUUCAAGUUUUAUGUCUGAUCUUGGCUAAAAUAUCGUGACAAUUUGUCACGAUAUUUUAGAAUAAAUUGAAAUAGAACCGACUUUUUUUUAAAUGGGACCUUUAUGAAUAAUAAAGCGGUACAUAUUGUUGUGUGGAUAUAAUGAUCCAGGCUGUUUUUUCAGCGUUCAGGUGCUUUGGGAUUUCUUCCGGCUGGUUUAUUUCUAAUUGAACACCUGAGAUCAGGACCAUUCAGUGUCACCUCAGGUCAAUCAUCUCCACUGAAAGAACACCAUCCCCAACAGCUCUGAUUUAAUGAAGUAUAAGCAGACCUUCUGGGCAAUGGCUUUUGCCACUACGUUUCUGCUCUUCUUCUACUUCUUCACUGUAAAUCUGGAGAUCAAUACCAACAGGAUAGCCACAGAUUUCCCAGAGGAGGUGGACUUCACAAUGCCCCCUCUGAAACCGCACAUCACGGCAGCUUCUGAAGACCUAAAAAAGAUCAUCCCUGAAGACACUGCGUACUGGAACCGUCUGUUCUACUCAGCAAUGAAUAGUUUCAACGCCGGAAAGAAAGAGAUCCCUUGGUCUGUCUGCAGGGAGGAGAAUCUGGACUUUCUGAGACUGAACAUUCAUGAUUUUGACUCCUACCCACCCCUGUUUCAGACUUUUCUAAAGGGCAUGAACUGCAGAUCUCCGCCGAUCCUGUUCAAUCAGCCCUUCAAAUGCAACAACCAGACCUUCCUGCUCUUUGCCAUUAAGUCGUCCCCAGCAAAUUUCGAGAGGAGACAGGCGGUGCGGGACACAUGGGGCCGAGAGGGGGUGUAUCAGAACGGACUGAGAGUGCGCCUGGUGUUCUUCCUUGGUAGCUACCCACCCGACAACCCCAACCUCGGCGCAUUGCUGUCAUUUGAAGCCAAACACUUUGGAGACGUUGUGCAGUGGGACUUCCACGACUCUUUUCUGAACCUGACUCUCAAAAUGGACAUGGUCCUCCAGUGGACUGUGAGAAACUGUCCUCAGGUGUCCUUCGUCUUCAGUGGGGAUGAUGAUAUUUUUGUCAACACAGCUGGACUGAUCAGUUACCUGGAGUCUCUGGACGCUUCUAAAUCAUCUCGGCUGUAUGUUGGACAAGUCAUGUCCACAGCGAGUCCCCACAGGGACCCUCAAAACAAAUACUACAUUCCUCUGACCUUCUACAGCGGCCCAUACCCUGCUUACGUUGGCGGAGGAGGAUUUGUCAUCUCUGGAGAGUUGAUGCAGUCCCUUUCUUUUGUCUCAAAGCGGUUUCCUCUGUUCCCCAUUGAUGACGUUUACAUGGGGAUGUGCAUGAAGGCUCUGGGAAUUGACCCCGAGUGGCAUCAAGGAUUUCAGACCUUUGACGUCAAGAGGGAAGACCGGGAGAACGUAUGUGUACACAAAAGCCAUCUUCUGAUCCACCAGCGCUCACCAAGGGAAAUGGAGAAGAUGUGGAAAGCCAUUCAUAGCCCCUUGUUGUCUUGUUAAACUGAUGGGGGAAAAGUCGCCUCCAAUGAAAUUAUCUUUUUUUACCAUCUUGCAACAGAGGGGGGAGUUGAACACAGAGCUUGUUUAGAAAACUCAGGAUAAAUCUGGAAUAUUUCAGCAAAGCAGUGAAUCUGUGUUCUUACAGAACAUUUAAGAUUGCAAAACCAGUUUGUUUUUGCAGACUCAUGAACUUCAUACCUCGUUCCCAGCAAAAAGUCAAUCUACAUUUACAUGUCAACUAUCCUUCCCUUUUGAUAUGGUGUUGAUUAUAAAUAAAUACUUCCUAAGACAA